GACGAUAAUAAAAAAUAUUUAGCCCAGCCCUCGGUUUCCUGUCGCUGAAACCAUUACCAGUCUGCAAGAUAAUCUGACACCCCCAGAUUACUAAAUUUAUGCAGUUUAUAAAGCUGCAUUUGGUCACUUUUAACUCCCCCCCCCUUUCCCAUGUCUCCCCCACUGCCUUCCCAUUGCCUGUUUUCGAUUGUCAGCUCCUAGGGAGCAGGGACCGGUUUGUUUCUGCGCAUGGAUCUCUGUAGGACAGCACCCACGCUUGGUGUGUUGACAAUGAGGAGAAUGCGGAAGAGGAAUGUGAGGUUUGAACCUGCGGCUUCCCUUCCCGGCUACUGUGAAGAUGACUCACGUUACUGUGUUGCAACAACUCAUGCAUAAAUUGGUCUAGUUGGCUAAUUGGGAGUCUGCAGGUUACAAAGGAGCCAUGUAUUUAGGAAGUCACCGGGUCACCCAAGGUGAUCUGGAGUUUUAGGUAGGCGAGCGAGCGGGGCUGGCAUAGAUUCCUGUGUCUCUCCUUCGCCAAGCCCCUUGUUUUCCAUGCAUGCCCCUUCCUCUAUGACCCGCAUGGAAAGCAGAGGAGAGACAGAUCAUUCCUUUGUCAGUCCCCUUGAUAGAACUUUAAAACCCCGGUUUGCUUAGGGACUAGAAACCUGCAUUCUCAUCAUGGCAGACUCUGAGCCCCUAAGCAGGCCAGUAACUUAUGUGGACUUAUUCAUGAGGCUCUGAUGAAGUUUUUGCUUGUCGGGAGCCCAUCGAUACCCUCAAGGGGACUGGGAUGGCUGUCCAAAACCAGAAAGGGCGAAGGGGCUUCUUCACUGAGAGGGUAAAGACUUGCUUGGAGGGUAAGGGAACAUGGGAAGCCUUUAAGGCAAGCACUCAGGUCCUUGCUUGGGGGCUCUUGUUCCAGUGCAGGAGUGGCCUAAAGAAACUCUGGGGGAAGGCAAGGAAAGUUGGGGCAAUGUCCACCCUCCAUAUUUCCUCCUCUGUUUCUCUCUCCGUGCUGACAGGAUUUGUGGUGGGCCAGGCCGGGCUGUUCCAGUCACUGGCCAUGUUCGUCGUGGCCUAUUUCAUCAUCGGGCUGACGGUUCUGUCGGUGUGUGCCAUCUCCACCAACGGGGCCUUGGAUGCGGGUGGCGCCUACUACAUGAUCAGCCGGGCGCUGGGGCCCGAAUUCGGCGGCAGCAUUGGCAUCAUGUUCUUCUUGGCCAACGUUUGUGCUAGUGCGCUCUACAUCCUGGGGCUGGUAGAGGCGGUCGUGGAUGAUUUUGGAGCCCCGGCAGAGGGCGGCCUUGGCAGCUCUACCCAGGUCCUUCCACGCGGCUACUGGUUUGACCUCCUCUACGGCACAGUCCUGCUCUUCCUCUGCCUGCUGGUCUGCCUGGUGGGCGCUGGCAUCUACGCCAAGGCCACCUUCCUCAUCUUCCUGAUCGUCAUGCUGGUGCUGGGCACCGUCUGCCUCAGUUUCUUCGUGGUGGCCCCCCGCAAGGUGAAACUGCCCCCAGGCAUCGACGGCAACGGCACGGAGCCGGGCAACGCCUCCUUUACGGGCUUCAAGCACAGCACCCUCCAGGCCAACCUGUUUGCCGACUACAGUGUGGAUUACACCACGGGCCGCCUGAUGAGCUUCAGCACCGUCUUUGCCGUCAUGUUCAACGGCUGCACAGGAAUCAUGGCAGGUUCCAACAUGUCAGGGGAUCUGAGGCGGCCGAGCUACUCCAUCCCACGAGGCACCAUCACAGCUGUGAUCUUCACCUACAUCGUGUACAACCUGUUGGCUUUUCUGCUGAGCUGCACCUGCGACAGGCUCCUCCUGCAGCGGGACUACAGCUUCCUGAGGGACAUCAACAUCUGGCCUCCGUUCGUCAUCAUUGGCGUCUACUGCUCGACUCUGUCGGCCGCUAUGAGCAACCUGAUUGGGGCCUCCCGAAUCCUCUACGCCUUGGCCAAGGACGACCUCUUUGGCAAAGUGCUGGGGCCGGCGAAGCGGACUUCCCGUGACGGAAACCCCUGGAUGGCUGUGAUCUUCUCCUGGAUCCUGGUACAGCUGGUUCUCUUCUCUGGCAAGCUGAACACCAUUGCCGCUGUGGUCACCAUCUUCUUCCUGCUGGUCUACGCCACCGUGGAUUUGGCCUGCCUUGCACUCGAAUGGGCAUCUGCUCCGAACUUCAGGCCCACCUUUCGGUACUUCACCUGGCACACCUGUGUGCUGGGCAUCGGCGGCUGCUUCGUCAUGGUCUUCCUCAUCAGCCCCAUCUACGCCUCGGCCAGCGUGGCCUUCAUGGUGGUUCUCCUCGUGGCCCUCCAUUACCUCUCCCCCAGCAGCAGCUGGGGCUACAUCAGCCAGGCUCUCAUUUUCCACCAGGUCCGCAAGUAUCUGCUGAUGUUGGACAUCCGCAAGGAGCACGUCAAGUUCUGGCGGCCGCAGGUGCUGCUGAUGGUACGGAACCCGCGGACGUCCCUGCAGCUCAUCAGCUUCAUCAACGACCUCAAAAAGAGUGGCUUGUAUGUGCUUGGCCACGUGGAGCUGGAUGACUUGGACUCCCUGCCUUCUGACCCCUUGCCGCACCAGUCUGACUCGUGGCUGCAGCUUGUGGACAGGCUGAACAUCAAGGCCUUCGUCAACCUGACCCUUUCGGACUCCAUCAGACAUGGCACCCAGCAGCUGCUCUUCAUCUCUGGCUUGGGAGGCAUGAGGCCCAACACCAUCGCUCUGGGCUUCUACGACGACGCGACCUCGCAGGACUGCCUCUCCCAGCACCCGGCCUUCAGCAGUGGGGAGGAGGUGGCCUGGCAGAACUUCCCUCCACCAUGGACACCGGGGACGCCGAAGCGCCUCUCUCCCUGGGAAUACGUGGCCAUCAUCGCGGAUGCCCUCAAGAUGCAGCGCAACGUCCUGCUGGCGCGCUCCUUCGAGGAGCUAAAGCCGCCGCAGGAGCUGGGGUGGCGGGCACAGCCCCUCAUCGACGUCUGGCCCAUCAACCUGCUGCGCCCCGACAGCGCCCACUACGUCAACACCUGCAGCCUCUUCCUGCUGCAGAUGGCCUGCGUCCUGGCCAUGGCCCGGGCUUGGCGCCGCGCCCGCCUGCGCCUCUUCCUCUGCAUGGAGAGCGGCGCCCGCCCCCGGGGCCAGGAGGACAAGCUGCGGCAGCUCCUGAAGGACCUGCGCAUCCAGGCGGACAUUCACACGGUGCUGUGGGACGGCGCAGUGGCCCUCCACUGGCACCGCCAGCAGGAGGUGGCCGGAGACACCGACGGCCUCGGCUUCCCCGGGAACGCGGCGCGAGUGACAGACGAGUACCUGGGCGCCGUCAACCAGCUCAUCCUCCAGCAGAGCUCCGCCCCCACCGUCCGCUUCCUCUACUUGCCCCACCCCCCAGCGGACACCAGCCUGUACGGCAGGUACUUAGAGCAGCUGGAGGUGCUCACUCGAGGGCUGGGCCCUACGCUGCUGGUGCACGGGGUCAGCGCUGUCACCAGCACCGAGCUCUAGGUUGGGUGCUGCGCAAGGUCGACACGAGCCGUGGCUGGCUGGCUGGCUGAUGCCCCGUGAUGGUCAAGGGUUGGUGAGUGGCAGGGCACCAGAGCGGUGUGGUGUGUCAAGAAGUGAGGACUGGCAGCAGGCUAUGCUGGGGCUGUUCUCUGGGCCCUGCCGGACUGGGCGCGGGUAGCCUCAGCUUCCUCUUUCACCAAAGACUGGGCCCACUUGGGCGCGGGGACCGCAAGACCCACUCCUGGGGCCCAGCAAAGCCGUCCAGGCCAAGAGUAGACUGUUACGUCCUGCAAGGUUCGUCCUGUCAACGCUGGUCCUUUGGAAGGCUCUGUGAGCUCACGCAGAGGGGGGACCUGAGCCAGACCAGAGCAGCAGCAAGCUAGCACUUUGCCAAGUGGCCUCAGAAAAACUCUGCAGCAGCCCCGGUGCCUUUGAUACGUGUAGAAACGGGAGCAAAAAUAAAGAUGGUCCUGAAGGA